CGUUAUCAAAACGAACGGCAACAGUAGUUGUAUCAAGUGCCGUGUCUCGUCCCAGGUAAUCAAUUUUCCUCCUUUAUCGCUCUCGCCAAUUCAGCAGCACAAUACAUAUACAGCGUUCGGGAAAAGGCGUGAAUCACUACUAUACACUCUUUACAACAGCGCCGGCGAAAGGAAGCCCAGUAGAUAAGAGCGCGUGUAAUGACUAUAUAAGUAUGGGACUUGCCAUCUGAUAGUCAGUUCAGUCAGAACAGCUGCUCGUUGUAGUUCGACUGAGAGUUUCACAAAAGCACAACAAACUAUCAAAAUGGCAUCCAGCCGUCUCCUCUUCGCCGUGCUUCUGGCCGCAAGCGUAGCCGUCGUUCUGUCGGCCAAGGUCCCCAAGGACUUGAUUGUCGGUAGCCGUAUUCCUGGCGACCAUCUGCUCCAGCGUGAGUUCCUCAAGGUUCCAUCCAAGAUCCUGCAGGUGGUCAAGGAAAGGAAGACCUACACCGGCGACAACUACAGCAAGAUCACCCAAGUCCGUCUGCUCGACCAGAACAAGAACGGCAACGGUGCCACGGCCAUCAUCGUCAACGGCGGACCUGGUCUCAGCUACGUCACCGUCGACUUCAAGAGCGUUCGCGGACACAGCAUCGACUUCAUCAUCGAGAUUUACGGAAGAUAGAUUAAUCGUUUGUGAUUGAACCUUUCGAGGCGUUUUUGAAUUUUUCAUUUUAAAUAAAUUAUUUUUUUGUUAAA